AUGUUGUGGGUCCCACCCACACCGAGGACAUAUAAAAGGCCCUCUGCAGACAGAAGUGUCCAGACUCAAGUCACAACACUCCUUCUCUACCCAAGGACAACCUCAACAACCAACACCAUGUGUGGCAGCUACUAUGGAAACUGCUAUGGCGGCCGUGGCUAUGGCUGCUGUGGCUAUGGAGGCCUGGGCUAUGGCUAUGGACUGGGCUAUGGCUAUGGCGGCCUGGGCUGUGGCUAUGGCUAUGGCUCCCGUUCUCUCUGUGGCUGUGGUUAUGGCUGUGGCUCUGGCUAUGGCUCUGGAUUUGGCUACUACUAUUGA